AUGAAAUUUUCUAAGGUCUCACUACUGGUCGCAUCUGCAUCUGUCGCUUUAUCUGCUCCAGUUGCUGUAACUGUCACACAACAUGUCCAUCAAGCUGCUACUGUAGUGGUACAAGGUAUAGUUCGUGUGGAAAACGGUCAAACUCUAACAACAUUCAUUACCAAGGGCACUCAAACCGCUUCAGCCGCUAGUGCCACUGCUACCUUAUCAGCUCCUAUUGUGGUCGCUAAUGCUGAAGUGGACAGCAUAGCUACUUCCGUUAUCCAAGAAAGCGCUGUGGUGGCACAAUCUGCAACAUCUGAAGCUUUCUCUACCGCAACUACAAUCACACAAGCGGUAGAAACUUCUGAAAGUACCACACAGGAAUCCAGCGAGAAUGAUGUAACCACAUCUUUAACAUCUUCAGUACAACCUACCAGCACAGCCACUCCAACAACUACUACUGCCAGCCCAACCACAGCUAGCCCAACCACUGCCAGCCCAACCACAGCUAGCCCAACCACAGCUAGCCCAACCACUGCCAGCCCAACCACAGCUAGCCCAACCACAGCUAGCCCAACCACAGCUACCACUACUCAAUCCACCGCCUCAACUACCCAAUCCUCGAGCUCUGAUUUCUCAACGUCGAUGGUUAACGAACACAACACCAAAAGGGCAUUGCACAAGGAUACCGGUUCUUUGACAUGGUCCGACACACUAGCCACAUAUGCACAAAACUAUGCUGACUCCUACGAUUGUUCAGGGAACUUAGUACAUUCCGGUGGUCCAUACGGUGAAAACUUGGCGCUGGGUUAUGGUACAACCGGCUCUGUUGAUGCCUGGUAUAACGAAAUUACCAGCUACGACUAUUCCAACCCUGGUUUUAGUGAAAGCGCAGGUCACUUCACCCAAGUCGUAUGGAAGGGAACUUCUGAAGUCGGUUGCGGUUUGAAAUCUUGCGGUGGCGAAUGGGGUGAUUACAUCAUUUGUUCCUACAAAGCCGCUGGUAAUGUCAUUGGUGACUUUGCCGAUAACGUUAUGCCAUUAGCUUAA